UUUUAAGUCAUCGUAUUUGCGGAAAGCCAUAUUUACUCUGCUGACCAUCGUAGAUAUACUCAACAUGUUUUUGUUCACAUUUUUAUCCAGACUUGUGUUAGUUAUUAUAUCUCUUUUAGACCAUGUUGAUACCCUCGGAGACUACUACUAUAACAGAGCUUACUAUCUUUCCUAUCAAAACUACGUACGAUAUCGUAACUAUUUAUAUUACCGGCAUAGAUACUACUCAAACUACUACAAUUACUACUACAAUUCAUACAGUGGUAGCAACUCUCUUACAGCAAGAGACAAGUUGAACGUCGAAGUAACAGGUGGACUUAUUGGCGGACUGGUUGGUGCUGUUCUUUUUAUUGUUCUUAUUGUAUGUGUCUGUUGCCGUCGAAGAAAGAAGGCGACACUACGUCCAAAACGGUCAAUCUCCGAAACCAAUGCAGCUACAACAGAUGAAAACACAAACAGUGCGAUAAGAUACAACGUCAACGCUUCGCAAAGUGAUGUACACAAUAAAACACUUGCUACAUCAGAUCAGGUGACCACCGCUGCUGACGGAGAAUCCCAUAAUGAAUUACUUGCUACAUCAGAUCAGAUGACCACCGCUGCUGACGGAGAAUCCCAUAAUGAAACACGUGAUACAUCAGAUGACGCGACCACCGCUGCUGACGGAGAAUCCCAUAAUGAAAAACGUAAUACAUUAGAUCACGAGACCAACGCUUCUAAAGGAGAAUUCCAGAAUGAAACAGGUGAUACCUCUUUUCCAGAAGCAGCAGCUUCUGACGAAAAGGACCACAGUAAACUAAAUGAUACAACAAAUCAUGCUGUCACAUCAUCUGAUGGUUUUGUUUUGAAUGAAAGAGGCAGUGAACUCGAAUUAUGCGAGUCAACACCACAAACAGACGAAACAAAAGAAAUUUAAAGCAAGUCAAAACCAGACACUGCUGUAAACAAUUUAAAUCCAACAAAAAGGGAUAAUGUCGAUUUGACGCUAGCUUGGUAAACAAUAAUACCAAAAGAAAGAAUGAAUGGUUCAAGAUAAUUUUUUUGCCAUACUUAUUCUGAACUUUAUUAUUAUAUAUACAUUGUCAAUAAACGUUCAAUUAAUGUGGCUGGGGUGUCUCCCUCCAUCUUGGAUUUUGAAGUAGCAGAUAACAAUUGGUCUAGAUCUUUAAUGAAAUGUGCAAAUUUUUAGAGUAGUAUGUAAUUCAUGUGUAAGACUUUUCAUGUUAAUAUAGGAAAUUAUGUGUUUUAUCAUAUUUUCUAAAAAACACAAAAAUUUUGUUUGACUCAUUUUUUUUUCAACUUUGCCACAUAAGGGGAGAUAACUCAGAUAGAUGGGGAGAUAACUCAGAUAAAGUAAUUUUAUAAUAGAAAGUGUUGUGAAUUUACCUAUUUUAAUAUGUAGCAGGAAAACAAGUCCGGUGACCCCAUUUUUUUCUUUUUCUUAUCUGAAAGCAUGUUAUAAGAGCUAUCUUUUCACAUUUUAUCUUAAAAUUCUAUGGUGUAGUUUUCUUUUUAUCACACAAAAUUUGAUUUUCCAUGCAUAAUCUAUACAAAAUCUGACAAUUUUGCACAACCUGUAGCCUGAAUAAUAAAAGUCCGGUGACUCAUA